AUGUGUUUAUUUGGCUAGGGAGGCAAAAGUGGAGAAGCUUUAUGCUGAAAAUUGAAGUAGAUUGUGGUUUAUUGCCUCUGAUUAUGUGAUACACAAUCUUAAGUCAAUGAAUAGUAGUUGAUGGUAUGUUUUCCAUGAAUGAGCAAAGUAGCAAACAAUCUCAGAAGCCUUUUUUUCCUAUGUUUUGUUGUUCGUGUAGUUUGUAGUAGGUUUCUUAAUAUCUUUAUAUCCAUUGAUAGUGUUUGUAUCCUGCCAUAUGGUCUUUUGCUUCUUUUUUCAACACUUUCGGAUUUGUUUUAUUAGUGAUAUUUUCAAACUUAAAUAUCAAACCUAUGUUUCAAGCUUCUCUGUUUUCAUAUUUGAGGCCAGAACUUAUCGAUCACCAUUCAUAGUGUUCAGUAGUUUUGUUUUCUUGAUCUUGGAUGAUGUAAUUUCGUGUUCAGUUCUCUCUCUCUCUCGUAAUAUAUUUGUCUAUAUUGUAUUUUCAUUCUAGUUUUGCAUAUAGAACUGUGUAUUGGAAUUGGUAAGUAUGUAGAUUCGUGUUAGAUUCUGCAAAUCCAGGUGAACUUCGAUUUAGAUUUUAUGAAUCAGUUAAGUCUUUUCUUUUGUUCUUAAGGGUGUCUGUCUUCAGGUUGAUGAAGAUGAAGUGUACUGGGACCGGAAGAAACAAGACAAAGAAUCAGCAUGGUCACAUAAUUCUGCUCAUCUAAUGCUAUGUUUGGACCAAGAUCGUGGAUAGGAGGAUUGUUUAGCCGCGCCAACCAUAGAAGAUCUGGAAGCACACAAUUUCUUGACUACACUUUGACCCCUAUUCAGGAAGAAAGACUGCAAAGGCUUAAAGAACGUCUAGGAGUACCUUAUGAUGAGACGCGUAAUGAACAUCAAGAAGCUCUUCAAGCCUUGUGGGAUGCUACCUUCCCCGGCGUUAAGCUUAAAGGUAUGAUAUCCGAGCAGUGGAAAGAUAUGGGAUGGCAGGGAGCAAAUCCAGCGACUGAUUUUAGGGGCUGUGGCUUCCUCUCACUUGAAAACUUGCUUUAUUUCGCCCGAAAUUACCCGGUUGCUUUUAGUAGGGUACGUCUAAAGCAAUCUGGAGAGCGUUCAGAAUGGGAGUACCCGUUUGCUGUCGCUGGCAUUAACGUUUCGUUCAUGCUGACUCAGAUGCUCGACUUACAUUCAGAAAUGCCCAAAUGCCUUCCCGGAUUUAACUUUGUAAGAUUAUUAGGAAAAGACAAAGAUGCAUUCGACGUCCUCUAUUGUAUAGCUUUCUCGAUGAUGGACGCUCAAUGGCUUGCAAUGCAGGCUUCCUACAUGCAGUUCAAUGAAGUGUUGCAAGUAACAAGAAUACAAUUGGAAAGAGAAUUGUCUUUAGAAGAUGUUCAUAGAAUACGUGAUUUGCCAGCUUAUAACUUUUUGUUCCAUGAGUAGUUAUAUGUAUACUUAGUUCCAAGAUUUAGAAGCGUUGGGGGGUUUUUUGUGAAACUAAAAUUCUUCGUCAUUUUAUGGUGUGUUUAGAGAUGCACUGUGCAGAUUAGCGGACCCUGCCCGGUGUAGCAUCUACUGUCUGUCUCGUGCUUAAGCCCGAUACAAGACUAGUCGGAUCAUGUGAUGAGAAUUUCAUCAGUUGUAGCAUCUUUGAAAUUGAGGCAACGAUAUGGUGUAACACUUAUCUUUGUAUGAUAGUAGUCUUUUUUUCA